AUGCUUAGAACUGCUUAUGCAAAUGUAUUCAAGCAGUCUGCGUUGCUGCCGGUGCGUAGAUAUGCCUCGUCUUCCACUGUGCAAACGUUCAGUAAGCCAAACAUAGAGAUGACAACCCUUGCCAAUGGUCUUAGGGUCGUAACUGAUAGUACUCCUGGCCAUUUUUCCGCUCUUGGGAUGUACGUAGACGCUGGUUCAAGAUACGAAAACCCACGCAAGCCUGGGCUUUCCCAUAUCUUCGACAGAUUGGCUUGGAAGUCUACUGAAAAUUACACUGGGAUUGAAAUGAUGGAGAAUCUCGCUAAGGUUGGUGGGAACUACAUUGCUUCAGCCCAGAGGGAGUCUAUGCUUUACCAGGCUUCUGUUUUCAACAAGGAUGUAGACAAGAUGUUUGACUACAUGGCACAGACUGUCAGAGUCCCCAAGAUCACCGACCAGGAAAUGUAUGAAACUCUCCAGACCGUGGACUUUGAAGUGAGUAACAUGUAUGACAAAACUGACGUAUACCUUCCAGAAAUAUUACAUGCUGCUGCGUACAAGGGUAACACUUUGGGAUUGCCACUUUUCUGUCCUCAAGAAAGACUCCCCUCCAUCACUCGUAAGGAGAUCUUGCAAUACCAUCGUCAUUUCUACCAACCACAAAAUGUCAUCGUGGCGUUAGUUGGUGUCCAACACGAACAAGCAGUUCGUUUAGCCAUGCUGCACUUGGGUGACUGGUCUGCUAAUACCCUCUCUAAGCCAGAUAUGGGCAAGAUCACAUACACUGGUGGCGAAAUAUGCUUGCCUUACCAACCUCCCGUAACACCAAACUUACCCGAGCUUUAUCACAUGCAGAUUGGUUUCGAGACAACCGGUCUUUUGAACGAUGACUUGUAUGCCUUAGCCACGCUUCAAAAGCUUCUUGGAGGCGGGUCCUCGUUUUCUGCUGGUGGUCCCGGGAAGGGUAUGUUCUCUCGUCUCUUCACCCGUGUACUUAACAAGUAUUCAUUUGUGGAGAACUGUAUGGCAUUCAACCAUUCUUACGUUGAUUCUGGUGUAUUUGGAGUUACUAUCUCAUGUAUGCCAAACUAUGGAAAUGUCAUGGCCCAAAUUAUCUGUCAAGAACUUUCUGAUCUCUUGAUUGUUAGCCCAGAAAAGGGUGGAAUCACCCAAGACGAACUUCAAAGAGCUAAGAACCAGCUCAGCAGUUCCUUGCUUAUGAAUUUGGAAAGUAAAUUAUCAUCUCUUGAGGAUUUGGGAAGACAAAUCCAAGCCCAAAAUAAGUUGACUACUGUCGAAGAGAUGAUUGCAAAGAUCGAUGCUCUCACGAUAGAAGACGUGAGAAGUGUUGCCGCAAGAGUCCUCUCAGGUAAGGUUGCUACCAAGGGAAACAGCUCUGGUUUGGCCACUGUAGUCAUGCAAGGUGACAGACAAGCUAUUGGCGAUGUCCAACAAGUUCUUUCCUACUUUGAUUUGGGAAGAAAAUAG